CAACAUUUUCACUUUUUUUUUUGGAACAGAAAUAUAUUUUUGCAUACUUUAUAUCUCUAAGUAAACAAGUAAAAGUGUAAUGGAAUGCAAAAACGAAUAUUGCUUGCAACUAGAUGACCAAGCGGUAACGCAUUAAACGAGAUUCGGACUCGGACAGGGGAUUUGUGUCAAACGCAAGGUUUGUGUCAUUUUCAUUCAGGUUAGGAGCAGAAGAUCACAGGAGAAAAUGUCUUUAAAGGACUACAACACCCAGUACGAUGCUGGCGUAAACCUUCUCAAUUUCAAAGUAAUAAGGGACCACUCUGAGCUUUUUAGGGCAGAAUGUAUGCGUCUCAUGGAGGAAACCAACAAAACAUGCAAGCGUAUGCAAGAUGAUGACAAAAAACUCCUCGACCAGAGAGUAAAAGACAUCCACUUUCUGAAGAAGGAGCUUGAGCAGAAAUUGGAGGAGAUCAUUCUGGAGACAGAUAGCCUCAUAACGUUACAGGGACGAGUGCAGAAAGCUCUCGAGGCUUGUAAAGAUCCUUUGAAAGUGGCUGUUCAAUGCAUCGAUGAGAGGAUGAGACGUGUUCCUCAGGAGAGGCUCCAUGACGCUGUGGACCGGGGGCUAUUGAAGGAGCAUAAGGCCAUUGAAGAAGUGGUUGUGCUUCUGCAAAGAGUGCUGCAGCAGCUCACAGAGCAAAUACGGCUGAACCGAUCAUCUAAGUACCAUCUGGAGCAGGACUUAAAGGAGAAAUUUGACGCCCAGUCUAUUGACAACUCAUGCAUUUUGAUGACGCAUCACUCCAGUAAUCCCAUACUUGAAUCAACGAACAAAACUAUUCUGCCAAGCUUGUCAGUGACUCCGAUGCAGUGGGAGAACAUCUCGGACAUAAACCUGGCCAAAGCGGAGCAGCAGAGGAACAACUCCAUGUCUCUGAGGGCUCUGGUGGAGUCUCUCUUGGAGCAAACUGCGUCAGAUUUACAAAAACAUUUUCAGGCCACAACUUCGGCUUUUCAGCUCAACGUUCAGGAGCUCAAGAAGGCCAAGGGACAAAUGGAGGAUCAUCUGUCCAAGAUCUUGCUGGAGUACAACAAGCAGCAGACAAUCUGUGAGGAGCUGGAGGUGUCAAUCCAGGAGAACGAGCGGUGUCUGACUCUGGCCCAGGCUCGUCUGUCUCUGCGCCACAAACGCCCAUCCAAAGAGCAGUGCUUCGACCCUGCACAGGCUCAGCUCCUCAAAGAAGUCCAACUCAUCACAGUCCACAUCACCAAGCUGCGUGAGGCCGUGGCACGGUCCAAAGAGGAGCAGAGGGCUCUGGUGCGAUGCCAACUUGAACUUCAGGAAAAUAUCAGCAAUAAGUCUGGAGCUCUGUACAUCGACGAGGUGCUCUGUACCCAACACAGGGAGCCCAUUGUCAUCCACAACUUCUGAUGACCAGGCUAUCCAGAAUUAGCUAAAUAAAAUUAAUUAAUAUGAUGAUAUGUAUUACCUUUAUGUUUACUGUGAGCUUACUAAAAGCUGUUGUCUGUAUAUUGUAUAAUUACAAUACUGUUUUCCUCUACAACAUUACAUUAUUUAACAGUAUGAAAAUGAUGUUAUCUCCAGGUUCAUCUAAGCUCUAUUUUAAUGAUCUGCUGUUAAAAUGCUGUUGAAAGUCUUUGACUUCAUUGGUGACCUGUAUCAGCAAGAAAUAUGCAUUUAACUGGACAUUACAUUUUUCACAAUUGAGCGCCCCCCAGUUAAAUAUAUGUAUGCACUCAUCUUGCAAUGGUAAUACAAUGACAA